AUGGGCGCGGUAGGAUGAAGGGAGGCGGGGCCGGGAGACAGCGCUGCGGAGCCGCGGUGGGGCCGGGCGGCGGCGGCGGCGGGAGCAAGGAGGAUGCGGGCGGGCGGCGGGGCGGCCCCGGGGGCGCUGGCGCUGGUGCUGGUCCUAGUCUGCCGCUGCCUCCUGCUCAGCCCUUUGGGUCUGCACUCGGCCGGCGCACAGGAUGGAAACGGCUGUGGCCACACACUGCUGACACCCCACAGUGGCACCCUGAGCUCCAAGAAUUACCCGGGCACAUAUCCCAACCACACCAUGUGUUGCUGGCGGCUCCAAGCCCCCCCAGGUACCUCCCUACUCCUGGCAUUCGGAGAUGUGGAUCUGGAGCCCUCAGAGCACUGUGCCCACAGCUCCUUGCUGCUCACUGACCCCCAGACUGGCACUGUUUACGGGCCCUACUGCAGGAACUCCAUCCCUUCUGCCCCACUCCUGAUGACAAACUCCAGCACUGUGACCGUCCUGUUCAACAGCACCAGCCACCGCUCAGGACGAGGCUUCCUUGUGUCCUAUGCCACCUCACAGCACCCAGACCUGAUCUCCUGCCUGGUUCGAGGCACCCACUACACCCAGGAGCACAUCAGUGUGUACUGCCCUGCGGGCUGCAAGGACAUCCAUGGGGACAUCUGGGGCAACCCGAACCAGGGCUACCGGGACACAUCAGUGCUGUGCAAGGCAGCUGUGCAUGCUGGGGUGAUUGCGGAUGAACUGGGCGGGCAGGUCACCCUGUCCCGGGAGAAGGGGAUCACGCUCUAUGAGUCAGCCUUUGCCAACGGGCUCCGCUCCAAAAGGGGAUCUCUCUCCGAGAAGCGACUUGUAUUCCACAAAGCUUGUGAUGAUGUGCUGGAUGUGGUCACCUUCAAUGCCUCGUCCUGGUGGCAUGAGGUGGACGUCCUGGGCCAGGACCGAGCCUGGGUGGCCAAACAGGCAGCACUUAGCACCACUGGCCACUCCUGGGCAGCUGAACCUGGUGCCGAGGCUGCCUGGCUGGAGCUGGACCUGGGCACCCGAAGGAAUGUCACAGGCAUCAUCACAAAGGGCUCCUCUGAGCAGCAUGACUACUAUGUGACAUCCUACCGUGUCUCCUCUAGCCGCGACGGGAAGAAUUGGAGACCCUACAGAGGCAGCAGGGGUCAGGAGGACAAGGUGUUUGAAGGAAAUGCUGACAGCCAGGGGGAGGUCUCUAAUGUCUUUAUCCCCCCCAUCAUUGCCCGCUACAUCCGUAUCACACCACACAGCUGGCACCAACGUGUGGCCCUGAAGGUGGCCCUGGUGGGCUGCCAGCUGGCACGGGUCCGCGUGCCCCAUCCCUACGUGCCCAGUGUCCCCAAGGAGGUGCUUGAACCCACCAGCCACCCAGCCAGCCACACCCCCAUCCCUGGCAUCACCCUGGAUCCAGAAAAGGCAGGCUCCACACUGCUGGUGAUGCUGCUUAUUGGUGGCUUUGUGUUCCUCUGCUCCUGCCUCCUGCUCCUGGCUUUCCUCUGCCACAGGAAGAGGAAAUCAGCAGUGGAGCUGAACUGCGGGAUCACAAAAGGGUACCCCAUGCUGGAGUCCAGCCAGGUCUGCUCCCUGCAGAGCCUGCCAGCCCCCAGUCUGGUGUCCUUCACCAUGGCCCCCACACCAGGGGACCUCAGCUGGACCCAUUCGCCAGGGUACACUGAACCAGACCUAGUGCAGGUGAGCCCCAGCAGCCAGACAGGUCCCUCCACCUUCAAGCCACUCCUGGAAGAGGGCUACACUCUACCACUGGUCCUGAACCACUAUGACAUCCCAGGGAAGCACCAUGAGUAUGCAGAGCCACUGCCGCCAGAGCCCGAGUACGCCAUGCCAUUCAGUGAGCUGGAGCCCACUGGGAUGCGCCACAGCACUUGUAUCAUCGCAGGACCUGCUGGGUGCUCCCCGGUGCCGUACCAGACCCCUGCCCUGCAGCCCGGGGAGCUGCUGGCUGGGGUGGAGCGGACUGGCAGCCCCUCCUCUGAGGGGUCCUGUGGGUUGCCUAGGCACUGUCCCCUCGCACAUGUGUACCACGAAGCUUUGUGAGGAGGGGAGCACAGCGGCACAAUAUAGGGGGGGGAGAAGGCGUGUAAAGGAAGAUCUUUUUGUGCUCGCAGUGGGCUUUUUAAAAGUAAUUUUAUGUAAAUACAUGUUUAAUAUAUAGAAAUAUGUGGACUGGA